CUCUUAAUUCCUAAUGAGUACUCUUCCUUCUCGAUUUCUAAGGAUCACCGCUUCCAAUAACCAUCUUGUUAAGAGACUAGAGCGUAUUCGAACAUCCAAGGCUGCACGACAAGAGGAAGGGCACGUUGUAAUACAGGGGAUCAAGACCUUAGAUGAGCUAGUGUCCAAGGGCCAUCAUCGUAUCCGAACGAUUGGGGUUACGUUUGAUGAACAUAAGCUUCCAAUCCGAUCACCAGCUUUGGAUGUGAUCACGAAGGUUCGACAGCAGGAGCAAGAACAGCAGAGGCAACAUUAUCAGCCACAAUUAGAUGUAGAGGACGGCCAAGGCGAAAAAGAUGAAAUGAAACGGAAAGCAUUGCAGGAAGAGCAUAAAGGCAAACAGUUUCUCCAUGUACCUAGACGAUAUUAUGAGGCGGACCAAUUUGUAGCCGUACCCCCAAAGCUGACUACUCGAAUUUUAGGUACAGAUUCCGUUACAUCUGCACAUGAAGUCUGGGCUGAGGUUGCUAUACCCAACCAUGACCAUUUUUUUUUAAAUGUAUCAAAGAAGGGGAUGAAAGUCAAGGAAAGGGCACAAGUGAAGGCAACUGAAAGGAGGAAAGUCAGUGAUAUUAGAAGACUGCUUGUACUGGACCAAAUCUCUGACCCUGGAAACAUGGGUCUAAUCAUUCGUUCAGCAAAAGCUCUUUCGUGGGAUGCGGCCUGGCAUACCCCCGGUACCGUGGAUCAAUACAACAACAAGGUUGUCCGAGCUUCACGUGCACUUUGUCUAGAUUGGCCUACUAAGACUGGCAGCUGGCGUGAAUUAGAAAUAUUCCUGGAGGCUAACCCUGAUUUGACGCUUUUAGUCGCCGAUAUGAUGCCAAAGUGGAUAUUGAACUUAAAGGAAGCUCAUGGGUUAGCAACAGCAGAUAAUACAGAUCAUUCUGUCAGUUGUCUGAAUCCUUAUGAGCUUGUUUGGUGGAACUGGCCAAAGUCCUUAUCCAAAACUCAUCUUCCAGAGAAGAUUGCAUUAAUAAUGAGUUCAGAACAUCAUGGCGUCAAGGCUAUAGCAAAGUUUUAUACGAGCAGUAAUGAGAGUCAACACCAAGAUGAUCAAGGAGCAAAAUCUAGGCUGCUGGAGAAGGCUAUUCGCGUAUCGAUUCCAAUGAACCCAGCAGUUGAAUCCAUGAACGUGGCUGCAGCAGCGACGGCUAUGAUGUGGGAGCUAAACCGUGUCUUAAGUCAGAAAACCAUUCGGCAGUCAUCCCAGCUGCCAAAACGGCUUCAGAUAUUCGAUGAACGUGCGUCAUGAUAAGCCUUUUAUUUUUUAUGCUACUUUUGCUUUUAUUGUUAUUAUUGCGAUUGUUAUUGUAAUUACAUCUAAAGAUUGGAAGCGGAUCUUUUUACA